AUGGCCAGCAACAACACCGCCAGCAUAGCACAAGCCAGGAAGCUAGUAGAGCAGCUGAAGAUGGAAGCCAACAUCGAUAGGAUAAAGGUGUCCAAGGCGGCUGCAGACUUGAUGGCCUACUGUGAGGCACAUGCCAAGAAGGACCCUCUGCUGAUCCCAGUCCCAGCCUCAGAAAACCCCUUUUGGGAGAAGAAAUUCUUCUGUGCCAUCCUUUAA